AUGUCUGAGUCUGAAUUAGCCUCUUCUGAUCAAUCUCCACCCUCCUCCACAUCAAGUCCAACCAUUCAAAUCGUCUCUAAGUCCUUCUCUGAAAGGCUCAUGGGGAAAUUCUUUGAUGCCACUCAGUUUGAUUUUGUGUAUGAGCAAAGUGGCCUGUGGUCUCCCCCAGUAAGAAGGACUGUGUUCUUGGCCUCACCGGGUAACAUUUGCUCUCAAGAUGAAAUGGUGAGGAAGCUCAAGAAGGCAAAGAAGACAUGGAAGAGACCCAUGCUUUGCUUCUUCAAUAUAAAUAACAGUGUAAUAAAACAACUAGAGUCUUUUGGAGCUCUUGAAGUUGAUCAUGGCAGCUACUGCAUAAAGUUCAUAUGCCAACCAUCCCUUAUGGGAUAA